GCACCCUGACUUACUCCAACAAUGACCAGUACGACGGGGACUGGCACGACGGAAAGAUGCACGGCCGCGGCACCUACCGCUACGCCGAGGGCGAUGUUUACCAGGGCGAGUGGCGGGAAGACAAGCGUCAUGGCAAAGGCGUAGUUACAUACGUCAGCGCACGGGGCAGCGUAGUGGAGAAGUUCGAGGGCGACUGGAUGAACGGCAAGAUGCAUGGGCAGGGGAAGGAGACUCUUUCCUACCAGUACGCGGACCAGGGCGUGUAUGAGGGCGAUUGGCUCGACGGCAAGAUGCAUGGUAAGGGCAUCUACGUCUUUCCGAACGGGAACACGUACGAUGGCGAGUGGGUGAACGACAUGAAGGACGGCUACGGAACCCUCACGUACCAGAACGGGGAGAAGUACGACGGGUUCUGGAAGGCAGACAAGGUGCACGGCAAAGGCACGCUGAUUUAUACCUACGGCGACAAGUUCGUCGGGGAUUGGUGCGACGCCAAGAAGGAGGGUGAAGGCGAGCUGAUCUACUCGAACGGCGACCGCUUCAAAGGGCAGUGGUCCGACGACCGGGCGUGCGGGUUCGGCCAGUUCGUCUACGCGAACGGCAACGUGUACGAUGGCCAGUGGCUGGACGACAAGCGGCACGGCAGGGGGCUGUUUAAGUGCGCCGAGGAGACGGCUCCGUCUACGACGGCGAGUUUGCUUUCGGGCGGAAGGAAGGCAGAGGCGUGCUGA